GGAUCUGACAGAAGAGGAACUCGGAGACGCUGUGUUUGUGUGCGAGGUAUCCAAAGAAGAGGCCCCAGUAACGUGGCUGCAACAUGGUGGGGUGCUUUACCCUGGAGCAAAGUGUGAGAUGAGUCAGGAUGGAAGAGCAGGCCAGACUGGUCCUGCAUCACGUGGGCCUGCACGACGCUGGGCAGUACUCCUGUGACACUGGCCACGAUGUCACCACUGCCAGGCUGAUUGUCACAGAGCGAGACAUCCGCAUUGUGAGAGGCCUGGAGGACUGUGAGGUGUUUGAGAACAACUCGGCCACGUUCUCCUGCGAGAUCUCCCACGCUGAUGUGCAGGAGGUGGAGUGGUGGCUGGAUCAGAGCCGGCUGUAUCAUAACGAGUUUAAUGAAAUCAGUGUGGACGGAGGGAAAACACACGUCCUUACCCUCAACAACCUCACCCUGCAGGACGGCGGCUGUGUUACCUUCAAGGCAGGGGAAACAGACGUCCUCAGCAACUUUGUCCAUUAAGGCUGUGCCAGUGAAGUUUGUGAAGCGACUAGAGGAUGUAGAUUGUGUGGAGGAUGGAGAAGCAGAAUUUGUGUGUAAGGUGUCCCAGCCCAGCGCUCCGGUCACAUGGCACAGGGGCGAUAAGCAGCUGAGCCCUUCUCAGAAGUACGUGAUGCACAGAGACGGAGCGGUCGCGAGUCUCGUUGUCACAAAGCUGCAGCGAGAAGACGCAGGGGCGUACACUUGUGAUGCAGGAGAUGAUGCCACAUUUGCUAAUCUCUGUGUUCAAGAGGCCCCGGUGCUGAUCUCCGAGGCCCUUCGGGACCAGGAGGUUGAAGAGAGUGGAAUUGCAACUCUCCAAUGUCACUUCUCAAAGCCAGCAGCGAAGGUCACCUGGAGGAAGGAAUUCUCAGUCCUGCACCCGAGUGACAAGUAUGAGAUGAAACUGGAGGGUAACCUGGCCACUCUUGUUAUCCACAAUGUACAGCUGGAGGAUGCUGGGAGCUAUGAGUGCAAGACAGAGAAUGAUCAGACUUCUGCAGUACUAAGAGUGAAAGAAACCCCAGUGAUGAUCACUGAGGCCCUUCAGGAUCAGGAGGUUGAAGAAAGUGGAACUGCGACUAUCCGCUGCCGCUUCUCAAAGCCGGCAGCGAGAGUCACCUGGAGAAAGGACUCCUCAGUCCUGCACCCGAGUGACAAGUAUGAGAUGAAACUGGAGGGUAACCUGGCCACUCUUGUUAUCCACAACGUUCAACCAGAGGAUGCUGGGAGUUUCGAUUGCGAGACGGAGAAUGAUCAAACUUCUGGAAUAUUGGCAAUAAAAGAUAAACCAGUGAUGUUCACCAAGGGCCUGCAGGAUCUGACAGAAGAGGAACUCGGAGACGCUGUGUUUGUGUGCGAGGUGUCCAAAGAAGGGUCCCCAGUAACGUGGCUGAAACAUGGUGGGGUGCUUUACCCUGGAGCAAAGUGUGAGAUGAGUCAGGAUGGAAGAGCGGCCAGACUCGUGCUGCAUCACUUGGGCCUGCACGACGCUGGGCAGUACUCCUGUGACACUGGCCAUGAUGUCACCACCGCCAGGCUCAAUGUCACAGAGCGAAACAUCCACAUUGUGAGAGGCCUGGAGGACUGUGAGGUGUUUGAGAACAACUCGGCCACGUUCUCCUGCGAGAUCUCCCACGCUGAUGUGCAGGAGGUGGAGUGGUGGCUGGAUCAGAGCCGGCUGUAUCAUAACGAGUUUAAUGAAAUCAGUGUGGACGGAGGGAAAACACAUGUCCUUACCCUCAACAACCUCACCCUGCAGGACGGCGGCUGUGUUACCUUCAAGGCAGGGAAACAGACAUCCUCAGCGAACUUGUCCAUUAAGGCGGUACCAGUGAAGUUUGUGAAGCGACUAGAGGAUGUAGAUUGUGUGGAGGAUGGAGAAGCAGAAUUUGUGUGUGAGGUGUCCGAGCCGAGCACACCGGUCACAUGGCACAGGGGCGAUAAACAGCUGAGCCCUUCUCAGAAGUACAUGAUGCACAGACACGGAGCGGUCGCGAGUCUCGUUGUCACAAAACUGCAGCCAGAAGACGCAGGGGUGUACACUUGUGAUGCAGGAGAUGAUGCCACCUCUGCCAGACUCCGUGUUCAAGAGGCCCUGGUGCUUAUUUCUGAGGCACUUCAGGACCACGAGGUUGAAGAGUGUGGGACUGCAACUCUCCGUUGCCGCUUCUCAAAGCCAGCAGCGAGAGUCACCUGGAGGAAGGACUCCUCAGUCCUGCACCCGAGUGCCAAGUAUGAGAUGAAGCUAGAGGAGGACGUGGCCACUCUUGUAAUCCGUAAUGUGCAGCUGGAGGAUGCUGGGAGCUAUGAGUGUGAGACGGAGAAUGAUCGGACGUCCUCAACCCUUCGAGUUAAAGAGAAGCCAGUGGUGUUUACAAAGGGCCUGCAAGAUCUGACAGAAGAGGAACUCGGAGACGCUGUGUUUGUGUGCGAGGUGUCCAAAGAAGGGGCCCCAGUAACGUGGCUGAAAAAUGGUGGGGUGCUUUACCCUGGAGCAAAGUGUGAGAUGAGCCAGGAUGGAAGAGCAGCCAGACUGGCCCUGCAUCGCUUGGGCCUGCACGACGCUGGGCAGUACUCAUGUGACACUGGCCACGAUGUCACCACUGCCAGGCUGAUUGUCACAGAGCGAGACAUCCACAUUGUGAGAGGCCUGCAGGACUGUGAGGUGUUUGAGAACAACUCGGCCACGUUCUCCUGCGAGAUCUCCCACGCUGAUGUGCAGGAGGUGGAGUGGUGGCUGGAUGAGAGUCGGCUCUAUCAUAACGAAUUGAAUGAAAUCAGUGUGGACGGAGAGAAAACACACGUCCUUACCCUCAACAACCUCACCCUGCAGGACGGCGGCUGUGUUACCUUCAAGGCGGGGAAACAGACGUCCUCAGCAACUUUGUCCAUUAAGGGAUUGCCUGUAAGGUUUGUGAAGACUUUGGAGGAUGUACAUUGCAUGGAGAAUGGAGAAGCACAAUUUGUCUGCGAAGUUUCCCAGCCCAGUGCCUCAGUCACAUGGCGUAAAGGUGAUCGACACCUGAGUCCUUCUCAGAAGUAUGUGACGCACAGAGACGAAGCGAUUGUAAUACUCGUGAUCACAAAGCUGCGGCCAGAGGACGCGGGGACGUACAUUUGUGAUGCAGGAAAUGAGACCACCUCUGCCAAACUCCAUGUUCAAGAGGCCCCGGUGCUGAUCUCCGAGGCCCUUCAGGACCAAGAGGUUGAAGAGAGUGGCACUGCGACUCUCCGCUGCCGCUUCUCAAAGCCAGCAGUGAGAGUCACCUGGAGGAAGGACUCCUCAGUUCUGCACCCGAGUGCCAAGUAUGAGAUGAAGCUGGAGGGAAAUGUUGCCACACUCAUUAUCCACAACGUUCAACCAGAGGAUGCUGGGAGCUAUGAGUGUGAGACGGAGGAUGGCCGCACCUUUGCUACGCUUACUCUUACAGAGAAGCCAGUGGUGUUCACCAAGGGCUUGCGGGAUUUGACAGAAGAGGAACUCGGAGAUGCUGUGUUUGUGUGCGAGGUGUCUAAAGAAGGGGCCCCAGUAACGUGGUUAAAAAAUGGUGGGGUGCUUUACCCUGGAGCAAAGUGUGAGAUGAGUCAGGAUGGAAGAGCGGCCAGACUGGUCCUGCAUCACGUGGGCCUGCACGACGCUGGGCAGUACUCCUGUGACACUGGCCACGAUGUCACCACCGCCAAGCUCAUUGUCACAGAACCCAUCAUCUCCAUCACGAGGGGCCUGGAGGACUGUGAGGUGUUUGAGCAGGGCUCGGCCAUAUUCACUUGUGAGAUCUCCCACGCUAAUGUGAAGGAAGCCAAGUGGUCGUUGGCAGACACACCGCUACAGAACAACGAGCUCAAUGAAAUCAGUGUCACCAAUGGCAGGAUCCACGUGCUGACUAUAAACCACCUCACGGUGGAGGAGAGUGGCACUGUCAGCUUCAGUGCAAAGAAUGCCACGUCCUCUGCUCAUCUUAUUGUCAAACGGCGUCCAGUCCACAUCACUCAGCCACUGCAGAACACUGAGGCUUAUGCAUCUGAAGAGGUGACCUUCCUGUGUGAGCUCUCUGGACCAUCUAAGGUCACAUGGAGGAAGGCUGGGCGAGUAAUGGAGGCCAGCGAUCGGGUCCAUAUGUGGCAGGAGGCCAACACGGCAAGACUCACAAUCCUUGGUGUGACCCUGGAGGACAGAGGGGAAUAUUCGUGUGACAUUGGGAGUGAAAGCUCCACUGCCGAGCUCGGCGUACAAGAGCUACCGGUCAUCAUGCUGGAGUCACUACAGGGUGCGGAGCCUCAACAAGAGCUAUGUAAUAUUGUACGGGGCCUAGGAGACUGCGUCGCUAACGAGGGCGGUUCAGCUACAUUCACCUGUGAGAUCUCCGUUGCCGACGUACGGGAAUCCGCGUGGUUUCUGGGUGACACGCCACUCCGGAAUAACGAUCUCAAUGAGAUGAGCGUGGUGAACGGAAGGACGCACGUGCUGGUCAUGAAGCAUCUCACGCCACAAGACAGCGGCACGAUCAGGUUCAGUGCCCUGAACGCAUCCUCCUCUGGCCAAUUGAGGGUGAAAGAGCGUCCCGCCCACAUCACUCAGCCACUGCAAGACGUUGAGGUUCAUGAGUCUGGGGAGGUGACCUUCCUCUGUGAGCUCUCUGGACCAUCUGAGGUCACGUGGAGGAAGGCUGGGCGAGUGAUGGAGGCCAGCGAUCGGGUCCAUAUGUGGCAGGAGGCCAACACGGCAAGACUCACAAUCGUUGGUGUGACCCUGGAGGACAAAGGGGAAUAUUCAUGUAAUGUUGAGAGUGAUAGCUCCACCGCCAAGCUCACUGUACAAGAAAUGCCAGUCCAAAUCUUGGAGUAUCUCCAAAAUGCUGAAGCUGUGGAAGACAGCUCUGCAACUCUGUCCUGCCGCCUCUCCAAACCCAGAGUGGAUGUGGAGUGGAGGAAGGACUCCCAGCCCAUUCAGCCAGAUGAUAAAUUUGAAGUGCACCAGAAGGACUUCACUGCAAGUUUGACCGUUCACAAACUGGAGCUGGAGGAUGCGGGAAGCUACAGCUGCCUGGCCGGGGAUCAGCAAAGCACGGCUUCACUCAUUGUGUGGGAGAAGCCAGUGGUGUUCACCAAGGGCCUGCAGGAUCUGACAGAAGAGGAACUCGGAGACGCUGUGUUUGUGUGCGAGGUGUCCAAAGAAGGUGCCCCAGUCACGUGGCUGCAACAUGGUGGGGUGCUUUACCCUGGAGCAAAGUGUGAGAUGAGUCAGGAUGGAAGAGCGGCCAGACUCGUCCUGCAUCACUUGGACCUGCACGACACUGGGCAGUACUCCUGUGACACUGGCCAUGAUGUCACCACCGCCAAGCUCAUUGUCACAGAACCCAUCAUCUCCAUCACGAGGGGCCUGGAGGACUGUGAGGUGUUUGAGCAGGGCUCGGCCAUAUUCACGUGUGAGAUCUCCCACGCUAAUGUGAAGGAAGCCAAGUGGUCGUUGGCAGACACACCGCUACAGAACAACGAGCUCAAUGAAAUCAGUGUCACCAAUGGCAGGACCCACGUGCUGACUAUAAACCACCUCACGGUGGAGGAGAGUGGCACUGUCAGCUUCAGUGCAAGGAAUGCCACGUCCUCUGCCCUACUCACUGUCAAACAUCGUCCAGUCCACAUCACGCAGCCACUGCAGGACUCUGAGGCUUAUGAGUCUGGGGAGGCGACCUUCCUGUGUGAGCUGUCUGGACCUUCUGAGGUUACAUGGAGGAAGUCUGGGCGAGAGAUUGAGGCCAGCGAUCGGAUCCGUAUAUGGCAGGAGGCCAACACGGCAGGACUUGCAAUCCUUCGCGUGACCCUGGAGGACAGAGGGGAAUAUUCUUGCGACGUCGGCAGUGACAGCUCCACCGCCAAGCUCACUGUACAAGAGCUGCCAGUCCAGAUCUUGGAGCAUCUACAAAAUGCUGAAGCUGUGGAGGACAGCACUGCAACUCUGUCCUGCCGCUUCUCCAAACCCAGAGUGGAUGUGGAGUGGAGGAAGGACUCCCAGCCCAUUCAGCCAGAUGAUAAAUUCGAAGUGCACCAGAAGGACUUCACUGCAAGUUUAACCGUUCACAAACUGGAGCUGGAGGAUGCAGGAAGCUACAGCUGCCUGGCCAGGGAUCAGCAGAGCACGGCUUCACUCAUCGUGUGGGAGAAGCCAGUGCUGUUCACCAAGGGCCUGCGAGAUUUGAACGAAGAGGAACUUGGAGACGCUGUGUUUGUGUGCGAGAUGUCGAAAGAAGGGGCCUCGGUAACGUGGCUAAAAAAUGGUGGGGUGCUUUACCCUGGAGCAAAGUGUGAGAUGAGUCAGGAUGGAAGAGCGGCCAGACUGGUCCUGCAUCACUUGGGCCUGCACGACGCUGGGCAGUACUCCUGUGACACUGGCCAUGAUGUCACCACCGCCACACUCAUUGUCACAGAACCCAUCAUCUCCAUCACGAGGGGUCUGGAGGACUGUGAGGUGUUUGAGCAGGGCUCGGCCAUAUUCACGUGUGAGAUCUCCCACGCUAAUGUGAAGGAAGCCAAAUGGUCGUUGGCGGACACACCGCUACAGAACAACGAGCUCAAUGAAAUCAGUGUCACCAAUGGCAGGACCCACGUGCUGACUAUAAACCACCUCACGGUGGAGGAGAGUGGCACUGUCAGCUUCAGUGCAAGGAAUGCAACUUCCUCUGCUCAUCUCACUGUCAAACCACGUCCAGUCCACAUCACGCAGCCACUGCAGGACUCUGAUGCUCAUGAAUCUGGGGAGGUGACCUUCCUGUGUGAGCUUUCUGGACCAUCUAAGGUCACAUGGAGGAAGGCUGGGCGAGAGAUUGAGGCCAGCGAUCGGAUGCAUGCAUGGCAGGAGGCCAACACGGCAAGACUCACAAUCCUUGGUGUGACCUUGGAGGACAGAGGGGAAUAUUCCUGUGACAUUGGAAGUGACAGCUCCACUGCCAAGCUCACUGUGCAAGAGCUGCCAGUCCAGAUCUUGAAGCAUCUACAGAAUGCUGAAGCUGUAGAAGACAGCUCUGCAACUCUGUCCUGCCGCUUCUCCAAAUCCAGAGUGGAUGUGGAGUGGAGGAAGGACUCCCAGCCCAUUCAGCCAGAUGAUAAAUUUGAAGUGCACCAGAAGGACUUCACUGCAAGUUUGACCGUUCACAAACUGGAGCUGGAGGAUGCGGGAAGCUACAGCUGCCUGGCCGGGGAUCAGCAGAGCACAGCUUCACUCAUUGUGUGCGAGAAGCCAGUGGUGUUCACCAAGGGCUUGCAAGAUUUGACCACAGAGGAACUCGGAGACGCUGUGUUUGUGUGCGAGGUGUCCAAAGACGGGGCCGCAGUAACAUGGCUGAAACAUGGUAGGGUGCUUUACCCUGGGGCAAAGUGUGAGAUGAGUCAGGAUGGAAGAGCAGCCAGACUGGUCUUGCAUCACUUGGGCCUGCACGACGCUGGGCAGUACUCCUGUGACACUGGCAAUGAUAUUACCACCGCCACACUCAAUGUCACAGAACCCAUCAUCUCCAUCACGAGGGGCCUGGAGGACUGUGAGGUGUUUGAGCAGGGCUCGGCCAUAUUCACUUGUGAGAUCUCCCACGCUAAUGUGAAGGAAGCCAAGUGGUCGUUGGCAGACACACCGCUACAGAACAACGAGCUCAAUGAAAUCAGUGUCACCAAUGGCAGGACCCACGUGCUGACUAUAAACCACCUCACGGUGGAGGAGAGUGGCACUGUCAGCUUCAGUGCAAGGGAUGCCACUUCCUCGGCUCAUCUCACUGUCAAACGACGUCCAGUCCACAUCACGCAGCCACUGCAGGACUCUGAGGCUCGUGAGUCUGGGGAGGUGACCUUCCUGUGUGAGCUCUCUGGACCAUCUGAGGUCACAUGGAGGAAGGCUGGACGAGUGAUGGAGGCCAGCGAUCGGGUUCAUAUGUGGCAAGAAACCAACACGGCAAGACUCACAAUCGUUGGCGUGACCAUGGAGGACAAAGGGGAAUAUUGCUGUGACAUUGGGAGUGACAGUUCCACCGCCAAGCUCAAUGUACAAGAGAUGCCAGUCCAAAUCUUGGCACAUCUACAGAACACUGAAGCUGUGGAAGACAGCUCUGCAACUCUGUCCUGCCGCUUCUCCAAACCCGGAGUGGAUGUGGAGUGGAAGAAGGACUCCCAGCCCAUUCAGCCAGAUGAUAAAUUUGAAGUGCACCAGAAGGACUUCACUGCAAGUUUGACCGUUCACAAACUGGAGCUGGAGGAUGCAGGAAGCUACAGCUGCCUAGCCGGGGAUCAGCAGAGCACGGCUUCACUCAUUGUGUGGGAGAAGCCAGUGGUGUUCACCAAGGGCCUGCAGGAUCUGACAGAAGAGGAACUCGGAGACGCUGUGUUUGUGUGCGAGGUUUCAAAAGAAGGUGCCUCAGUCACGUGGCUGAAACAUGGUGGGGUGCUUUACCCUGGAGCAAAGUGUGAGAUGAGUCGGGAUGGAAGAACGACCAGACUGGUCCUGCACCACGUGGGCCUGCACGACGCUGGGCAGUACUCCUGUGACACUGGCCACGAUGUCACCACCGCCAGGCUGAUUGUCACAGAACCCAUCAUCUCCAUUACAAGGGGCCUGAAGGACUGUGAGGUGUUUGAGCAAGGCUCGGCCAUAUUCACGUGUGAGAUCUCCCACGCUAAUGUGAAGGAAGCCAAGUGGUCGUUGGCAGACACACCGCUACAGAACAACGAGCUCAAUGAAAUCAGUGUCACCAAUGGCAGGACCCACGUGCUGACUAUAAACCACCUCACGGUGGAGGAGAGUGGCACUGUCAGCUUCAGUGCAAGGGAUGCCACUUCCUCGGCUCAACUCAUUGUCAAACCGCAUCGAGUUCACAUCACUCAGCCACUGCAGGACUCUGAGGCUUAUGAAUCUGGAGAGGUGACCUUUCUGUGUGAGCUCUCUGGACCAUCUAAGGUCACAUGGAGGAAGGCUGGGCGGCUGAUUGAGGCCAGCGAUCGGGUCCAUAUGUGGCAAGAUGUCAACACAGCAAGACUCACAAUCCUUGGUGUGACCCUGGAGGACAGAGGGGAAUAUUCGUGUGACAUUGGAAGUGACAGCUCCACUGCCAAGCUCAAUGUACAAGAGCUGCCAGUCCAGAUCUUGGACCAUCUACAGAACGCUGAAGCUGUGGAAGACAGCUCUGCAACUCUGUCCUGCCGCUUCUCCAAACCCAGAGUGGAUGUGGAGUGGAGGAAGGACUCCCAGCCCAUUCAGCCAGAUGAUAAAUUUGAAGUGCAUCAGAAGGACUUCACUGCAAGUUUGACCGUUCACAAACUGGAGCUGGAGGAUGCGGGAAGCUACAGCUGUCUGGCCGGAGAUCAGCAGAGCACAGCUUCACUCAUUGUGUGGGAGAAGCCAGUGGUGUUCACGAAGGGCCUGCAAGAUCUGACAGAAGAAGAACUCGGAGACGCUGUGUUUGUGUGCGAGGUGUCCAAGGAAGGGUCCUCAGUAACGUGGCUGAAAAAUGGUGGGGUGCUUUACCCUGGAGCAAAGUGUGAGAUGAGUCAGGAUGGAAGAGCGGCCAGACUGGUCCUGCAUCACUUGGGCCUGCACGACGCUGGGCAGUACUCCUGUGACACUGGCCACGAUGUCACCACCGCCACGCUCAAUGUCACAGAACCCAUUAUUUCAAUAACGAGGGGCCUGGAGAACUGUGAGGUGUUUGAGCAGGGCUCGGCCAUAUUCACGUGUGAGAUCUCCCACGCUAAUGUGAAGGAAGCCAAAUGGUCGUUGGCGGACACACCGCUACAGAACAACGAGCUCAAUGAGAUCAGUGUCACCAAUGGCAGGACCCACGUGCUGACUAUAAAUCACCUCACGGUGGAGGAGAGUGGCACUGUCAGCUUCAGUGCAAGGGAUGCCACUUCCUCGGCUCAUCUCACUGUCAAACAUCGUCCAGUCCACAUCACGCAGCCACUGCAGGACUCUGAGGCUCAUGAGUCUGGGGAGGUGACCUUCCUGUGUGAGCUCUCUGGACCAUCUGAGGUCACAUGGAGGACAGCUGGGCGAGUGAUGGAGGCCAGCGAUCGGGUCCAUAUGUGGCAAGAGACCAACACGGCAAGACUCACAAUCGUUGGCGUGACCAUGGAGGACAAAGGGGAAUAUUGCUGUGACAUUGGGAGUGACAGUUCCACCGCCAAGCUCAAUGUACAAGAGAUACCAGUCCAAAUCUUGGCACAUCUACAGAACGCUGAAGCUGUGGAAGACAGCUCUGCAACUCUGUCCUGCCGCUUCUCCAAACCCAGAGUGGAUGUGGAGUGGAGGAAGGACUCCCAGCCCAUUCAGCCAGAUGAUAAAUUUGAAGUGCACCAGAAGGACUUCACUGCAAGUUUGACCGUUCACAAACUGGAGCUGGAGGAUGCGGGAAGCUACAGCUGUCUGGCCGGAGAUCAGCAGAGCACAGCUUCACUCAUUGUGUGGGAGAAGCCAGUGGUGUUCACGAAGGGCCUGCAAGAUCUGACAGAAGAAGAACUCGGAGACGCUGUGUUUGUGUGCGAGGUGUCCAAGGAAGGGUCCUCAGUAACGUGGCUGAAAAAUGGUGGGGUGCUUUACCCUGGAGCAAAGUGUGAGAUGAGUCAGGAUGGAAGAGCGGCCAGACUGGUCCUGCAUCAUUUGGGCCUGCACGACGCUGGGCAGUACUCCUGUGACACUGGCCACGAUGUCACCACCGCCACGCUCAAUGUCACAGAACCCAUUAUUUCAAUAACGAGGGGCCUGGAGAACUGUGAGGUGUUUGAGCAGGGCUCGGCCAUAUUCACGUGUGAGAUCUCCCACGCUAAUGUGAAGGAAGCCAAAUGGUCGUUGGCGGACACACCGCUACAGAACAACGAGCUCAAUGAAAUCAGUGUCACCAAUGGCAGGACCCACGUGCUGACUAUAAACCACCUCACGGUGGAGGAGAGUGGCACUGUCAGCUUCAGUGCAAGGGAUGCCACUUCCUCGGCUCAUCUCACUGUCAAACAUCGUCCAGUCCACAUCACGCAGCCACUGCAGGACUCUGAGGCUCAUGAGUCUGGGGAGGUGACCUUCCUGUGUGAGCUCUCUGGACCAUCUGAGGUCACAUGGAGGACAGAUGGGCGAGUGAUGGAGGCCAGUGAUCGGGUCCAUAUGUGGCAAGAGACCAACACGGCAAGACUCACAAUCGUUGGCGUGACCAUGGAGGACAAAGGGGAAUAUUGCUGUGACAUUGGGAGUGACAGUUCCACCGCCAAGCUCAAUGUACAAGAGAUACCAGUCCAAAUCUUGGCACAUCUACAGAACGCUGAAGCUGUGGAAGACAGCUCUGCAACUCUGUCCUGCCGCUUCUCCAAACCCAGAGUGGAUGUGGAGUGGAGGAAGGACUCCCAGCCCAUUCAGCCAGAUGAUAAAUUUGAAGUGCACCAGAAGGACUUCACUGCAAGUUUGACCGUUCACAAACUGGAGCUGGAGGAUGCAGGAAGCUACAGCUGCCUAGCCGGGGAUCAGCAGAGCACGGCUUCACUCAUUGUGUGGGAGAAGCCAGUGGUGUUCACCAAGGGCCUGCAGGAUCUGACUGAAGAGGAACUCGGAGACGCUGUGUUUGUGUGCGAGGUGUCCAAAGAAGGGGCCCCAGUAACGUGGCUGAAAAAUGGUGGGGUGCUUUACCCUGGAGCAAAGUGUGAGAUGAGUCAGGAUGGAAGAGCGGCCAGACUGGUCCUGCAUCACUUGGGCCUGCACGACGCUGGGCAGUACUCCUGUGACACUGGCCAUGAUGUCACCACCGCCAGGCUCAAUGUCACAGAACCCAUCAUCUCCAUCACGAGGGGCCUGGAGGACUGUGAGGUGUUUGAGCAGGGCUCGGCCAUAUUCACGUGUGAGAUCUCCCACGCUAAUGUGAAGGAAGCCAAGUGGUCGUUGGUGGACACACCGCUACAGAACAACGAGCUCAAUGAGAUCAGUGUCACAAAUGGCAAGACCCACGUGCUGAUGAUAAACCACCUCACGGUGGAGGAGAGUGGCACUGUCAGUUUCAGUGCAAAGAAUGCAACAUCCUCUGCUCAUCUCACUGUCAAACAUCGUCCAGUCCACAUCACGCAGCCUCUGCAGGAUGUUGAGGCUUUUGAGUCUGGGGAGGCAACAUUCCUGUGUGAGCUCUCUGGACCAUCUGAGGUCACAUGGAGGAAGGCUGGGCGAGUGAUGGAGGCCAGCGAUCGGGUCCAUAUGUGGCAGGAGGCCAACACGGCAAGACUCACAAUUCUUGGUGUGAGCCUGGAGGACAGAGGGGAAUAUUCCUGUAAUAUUGAGAGUGACAGCUCCACCGCCAAGCUCACUGUGCAAGAGCUUCCAGUCCAGAUCUUGGAGCAUCUACAGAACGUUGAAGCUGUGGAAGACAGCUCUGCAACUCUGUCCUGCCGCCUCUCCAGACCCAAAGUGGAUGUGGAGUGGAGGAAGGACUCCCAGCCCAUUCAGCCAGAUGAUAAAUUUGAGGUGCACCAAAAUGACUUCACUGCAAGUUUGACUGUUCACAAACUGGAGCUGGAGGAUGCAGGAAGCUACAGCUGCCUGGCCGUGGAUCAACAGAGCACAGCCUCUCUCAUUGUGUGGGAAAAGCCAGUGGUAUUCACCAAGGGCCUGCAGGAUCUGACAGAGGAGGAACUCGGAAACGCUGCGUUUGUGUGCGAGGUAUCCAAAGAAGGGGCCUCAGUAACGUGGCAAAAAAAUGGUGGGGUGCUUUACCCUGGAGCAAAGUGUGAGAUGAGUCAGGAUGGAAGAGCGGCCAGACUGGUUCUGCAUCACUUGGGCCUUGACGACGCUGGGCAGUACUCCUGUGACACUGGCCACGAUAUCACCACCGCCAGGCUCAAUGUCACAGAACCCAUCAUCUCCAUCACGAGGGGCCUGGAGGACUGUGAGGUGUUUGAGCAGGGCUCGGCCAUAUUCACUUGUGAGAUCUCCCACGCUAAUGUGAAGGAAGCCAAGUGGUCGUUGGCAGACACACCGCUACAGAACAACGAGCUCAAUGAAAUCAGUGUCACAAAUGGCAGGAUCCACGUGCUGACUAUAAACCACCUCACGGUGGAGGAGAGUGGCACUGUCAGCUUCAGUGCAAGGAAUGCAACUUCCUCUGCUCAUCUCACUGUCAAACAUCGUCCAGUCCACAUCACGCAGCCACUGCAGGAUGUUGAGGCUUUUGAGUCUGGGGAGGCAACCUUCCUGUGUGAGCUCUCUGGACCAUCUGAGGUCACAUGGAGGAAGGCUGGGCGAGUGAUGAAGGCCAGCGAUCGGGUCCAUAUGUGGCAGGAGGCCAACACGGCAAGAUUCACUAUCCUUGGUGUGACCCUGGAGGACAGGGGGGAAUAUUCCUGUAAUAUUGAGAGUGACAGCUCCACCGCCAAGCUCACUGUGCAAGAGCUUCCAGUCCAGAUCUUAGAGCAUUUACAGAACGUUGAAGCUGUGGAAGACAGCUCUGCAACUCUGUCCUGCCGCCUCUCCAAACCCAGAGUGGAAGUGGAGUGGAGGAAGGACUCCCAGCCCAUUCAGCCAGAUGAUAAAUUUGAAGUGCACCAGAAGGACUUCACUGCAAGUUUGACCGUUCACAAACUGGAGCUGGAGGAUGCAGGAAGCUACAGCUGCCUGGCCGUGGAUCAACUGAGCACAGCCUCUCUCAUUGUGUGGGAAAAGCCAGUGGUAUUCACCAAGGGCCUGCAGGAUCUGACAGAAGAGGAACUAGGAAACGCUGCGUUUGUGUGCGAGGUAUCCAAAGAAGGGGCCUCAGUAACGUGGCAAAAAAAUGGUGGGGUGCUUUACCCUGGAGCAAAGUGUGAGAUGAGCCAGGAUGGAAGAGCGGCCAGACUGGUCCUGCAUCACUUGGGCCUGCACGACGCUGGGCAGUACUCCUGUGACACUGGCCAUGAUGUCACUACCGCCACGCUAAAUGUCACAGAACCCAUCAUCUCCAUCACGAGGGGCCUGAAAGACUGUGAGGUGUAUGAGCAGGGCUCGGCCAUAUUCACGUGUGAGAUCUCCCACGCUAAUGUGAAGGAAGCCAAAUGGUCGUUGGCGGACACACCGCUACAGAACAACGAGCUCAAUGAAAUCAGUGUCAUAAAUGGCAGGACCCACGUGCUGACUAUAAACCACCUCACGGUGGAGGAGAGUGGCACUGUCAGCUUCAGUGCAAGGAAUGCCACGUCCUCUGCCCUACUCACUGUCAAACGACGUCCAGUCCACAUCACGCAGCCACUGCAGGACUCUGAGGCUCAUGAGUCUGGGGAGGUGACCUUCCUGUGUGAGCUCUCUGGACCAUCUGAGGUCACAUGGAGGAAGGCUGGGCGAGUGAUGGAGGCCAGCGAUCGGGUCCAUAUGUGGCAAGAGACCAACACGGCAAGACUCACAAUCGUUGGCGUGACCAUGGAGGACAAAGGGGAAUAUUGUUGUGACAUUGGGAGUGACAGUUCCACCGCCAAGCUCAAUGUACAAGAGAUGCCAGUCCAAAUCUUGGCACAUCUACAGAACGCUGAAGCUGUGGAAGACAGCUCUGCAACUCUGUCCUGCCGCUUCUCCAAAUCCAGAGUGGAUGUGGAGUGGAGGAAGGACUCCCAGCCCAUUCAGCCAGAUGAUAAAUUUGAAGUGCACCAGAAGGACUUCACUGCAAGUUUGACCGUUCACAAACUGGUGCUGGAGGAUGCGGGAAGCUACAGCUGCCUGGCCGGGGAUCAGCAGAGCACGGCUUUACUCAUUGUGUGGGAGAAGCCAGUGGUGUUCACCAAGGGCCUGCAGGAUCUGACAGAAGAGGAACUCGGAGACACUGUGUUUGUGUGUGAGGUGUCCAAAGAGGGGGCCCCAGUAACAUGGCUGAAACAUGGUAGGGUGCUUUACCCUGGAGCAAAGUGUGAGAUGAGUCAGGAUGGAAGAGCAGCCAGACUGGUCCUGCAUCACGUGGGCCUGCACGACGCUGGGCAGUACUCCUGUGACACUGGCCACGAUGUCACCACCGCCAGGCUCAAUGUCACAGAACCCAUCAUCUCCAUCACGAGGGACCUUGAGGAUUGUGAGGCGUAUGAGCAGGGCUCGGCCAUAUUCACGUGUGAGAUCUCCCACGCUAAUGUGAAGGAAGCCAAAUGGUCGUUGGCGGACACACCGCUACAGAACAACGAGCUCAAUGAGAUCAGUGUCACCAAUGGCAGGACCCACGUGCUGACGAUUAACCACCUCACGGUGGAGGAGAGUGGCACUGUCAGCUUCAGUGCAAGGAAUGCAACUUCCUCUGCUCAUCUCACCGUCAAACAGCGUCCAGUCCACAUCACUCAGCCACUGCAGGAUGUUGAGGCUCAUGAGUCUGGGGAGGUGACCUUUCUUUGUGAGCUGUCUGGACCAUCUGAGGUCACAUGGAGGAAGGCUGGGCGAGUGAUGGAGGCCGGCGAUCGGGUCCAUAUGUGGCAGGAGGCCAACACGGCAAGACUCACAAUCCUUGGUGUGACCCUGGAGGACAAAGGAGAAUAUUCGUGUGACAUUGGGAGUGACAGCUCUACUGCCAAGCUCAUCGUAAAAGAGCUGCCAGUCCAGAUCUUGGAGCAUCUACAGAAUGCUGAAGCUGUGGAAGACAGCUCUGCAACUCUGUCCUGCCGCUUCUCCAAACCCAGAGUGGAUGUGGAGUGGAGGAAGGACUCCCAUCCCAUUCAGCCAGAUGAUAAAUUUGAAGUGCACCAGAAGGACUUCACUGCAAGUUUGACCAUUCGCAAACUGGCGCUGGAGGAUGCGGGAAGCUACAGCUGCCUGGCCGUGGAUCAACAGAGCACAGCUUCUCUCAUUGUGUGGGAGAAGCCAGUGGUAUUCACGAAGGGCCUGCAGGAUCUGACAGAAGAGGAACUCGGAGAGGCUGUGUUUGUGUGCGAGGUGUCCAAAGAAGGGGCCGCAGUAACAUGGCUGAAACAUGGUGGGGUGCUUUACCCUGGAGCAAAGUGUGAGAUGAGUCAGGAUGGAAGAGCAGCCAGACUGGUCCUGCAUCACUUGGGGCUGCACGACGCUGGGCAGUACUCCUGCGACACUGGCCACGAUGUCACCACCGCCAAGCUUAAUGUCACAGAACCCAUCAUCUCUAUCAUGAAGGCCCUGAAAGACUGUGAGGUGUUUGAGCAGGGCUCGGCUCUAUUCACUUGUGAGAUCUCCCACGCUAAUGUGAAGGAAGUCAAGUGGUCGUUGGCGGACACACCGCUACAGAACAACGAGCUCAAUGAAAUCAAUGUCAUAAAUGGCAGGACCCACGUGCUGACUAUAAACCACCUCACGGUGGAGGAGAGUGGCACUGUCAGCUUCAGUGCAAGGAAUGCAACUUCCUCUGCUCUACUCACUGUCAAACAUCGUCCAGUCCACAUCACUCAGCCACUGCAGGAUGUUGAGGCUCAUGAGUCUGGGGAGGCAACAUUCCUGUGUGAGCUGUCUGGACCAUCUGAGGUCACAUGGAGGAAGGCUGGGCAAAUGAUGGAGGCCAGCGAUCGGGUCCAUAUAUGGCAGCAGGACAACACGGCAAGACUCAUAAUCCUUGGUGUGACCAAGAAGGAUGGAGUGGAAUAUUCCUGUCAUGUUGGCAGUGACAGCUCGUCUGCUAGGCUGAGUGUAAAAGAGCUGCCACUUCAGAUCAUGGAGCAUCUACAGAACGUUGAAGCUGUGGAAGACAGCUCUGCAACUCUGUCCUGCCGCCUCUCCAAACCCAGAGUGGAUGUGGAAUGGAGGAAGGACUCCCAGCCCAUUCAGCCAGAUGAUAAAUUUGAAGUGCACCAGAAGGACUUCACUGCAAGUUUGACCGUUCACAAACUGGAGCUGGAGGAUGCGGGAAGCUACAGCUGCCUGGCCGGCGAUCAGCAGAGCACGGCUUCACUCAUUGUGUGGGAGAAGCCAGUGGUGUUCACCAAGGGCCUGCAGGAUCUGACUGAAGAGGAACUCGGAGACGCUGUGUUCGUGUGCGAGGUGUCCAAAGAAGAGGCCCCAGUAACGUGGCUGAAACAUGGUGGGGUGCUUUACCCUGGAGCAAAGUGUGAGAUGAGUCAGGAUGGAAGAGCGGCCAGACUGGUCCUGCAUCACUUGGGCCUGCACGACGCUGGGCAGUACUCCUGUGACACUGGCCACGAUGUCACCACCGCCAGGCUCAAUGUCAUAGAGCUUCCCGUGGAGGUGCUCGGCUGCAUUCAGGAUGUGGAAGUUACUGCAGGCGCCUGUGCUGCGUUCGAAUGCACACUGUCGAAUCGGUGCGCGGACGUCGAGUGGUGGCUGGGUGACGUACGGUUGCAGGACAACGAGCUUAACCAAAUGAGCGUUCGUGAUGAGCGAACCCACGUGCUCACCAUGGUGCAACUCUCCCUGGAGGACUCUGGCACUCUCACCUUCCGGGCCAGAGGAGCCUCGUCCUCCGCCACACUUACCGUUAAAAGGCGUCCUGUGCUGGUGGUGGAGCCGCUGCUCCCAGUCACCGUCGAGGAGACGGAUGAAGCCACUCUGUCCUGCCGCCUCUCCGAGACGGCCCCCGUGAGCUGGAGGAGAGAGGCCUCGGUACUGGAGCCCGGCGACCGCGUGCGCAUGGCGGUGGACAGCGAAGGCACGGCGAGCCUGCGGAUCGCACCGGUGGCGGUGGACGACGCGGGCGUCUACACCUGUGAGACGCAGGAUGACAGCACCUCUGCCCCUCUUACCGUCACAGAAAAAGUAGCCGCCUUCACGGAGGGCCUGAAGGACCUCGUGCAGGAGGAGAGGACGGAGGCGACGCUGGCGUGCGAGCUAUCGCGGGCGGACGUGCCCGUCGCGUGGAGCAAGGACGCGACGCCGCUCCCGUCGGGGCACAAGCAUGGCUUCCUGCGCGACGGCUGCUCGGCUGUGCUGCUCAUCCCUGAGCUGAGCCUGUCGGACGCCGGGGAGUACUCCUGCCACACGGGGCACGACCACACCUCGGCGGUGCUCACCGUCACGGAGAGGGACAUCCAGAUCGUGCAGCAGCUGCAGGACACGGAGGUGUGCGAGGGCGAAGCGGCGUGCUUCACCUGCGAGCUCUCCCAUGAGCACGUCGAUGACGCACGGUGGAUGCGGGGAGAAAGACGGCUAGAGAGCGACGCGAGUCACGAGAUCACGGUGGAGGGAAGGACCCACAGGCUCGUGCUGCUCAGCCCAGGCCCGCAGGACGGAGGCCCCGUCGGCUUCUGGGCUGGCCAUGCGGCCAGCUCGGCGAUGCUCACCGUGAACAAGCGGCCGGUGAAGGUGGUGGUACCACUAUCAGACACGGUGGCGGAGGAGCGGUCCUCGGUGACCCUCGAGUGCGAGCUGUCGGAGCCGGCGGCCGUGUCGUGGCUGCGGGACGGAGCGGCGGUGCCACCCAGCGAGCGCGUCGUCACGGAGCAGCACGGCUCGCUCGCGCGCCUCGCCAUCCGCCACGUCGCGUUGGACGACAGCGGCAUGUACACCUGCAAGAGCGGGGAUGCCGUCACCACCUGCAUCCUCGGGGUCACAGCGUGGCACACGGAGGUGCGGCGUGGCCUGUCGGACGUGAGCGUGGCGCCGGGAGAGCCGGCGCACUUCUCCUGCCAGUUCAACCGCGCGCUGCCGCCCGCGGAAGUGGCGUGGUUCGUGAACGGCGUCGCGGUUGGGGCGGAGGCCGAUGCGUCGCCCCUGUGGGAGCGGAGACAGGAGGGCGCCACCUGCUCCCUGCUGCUCCACUUCGCCCAGCCCCAGCACAGCGGGGAGGUGAAGUGCGAGGCGAGGGACGCUGUCUCCCGCGCCACCCUCACGGUCUCCGCGGGGCCCCCCGAGCCGCCCGAGGACGCCGAGGUGAUCGUCGUGACGAGGCACUCGGUCACGGUGUCGUGGGUGGCGCCGCAGGCGGACCGUGGCAGCAGGGUGACGGGCUACUGGGUGGAGAUGUUCCCGUCGACAGACAGGUGCUGGAUCCCGUGCCACGGGCAGCCCCUGCGGAGCACCCGGCUCACCGUGCAGAACCUCCUCCCCGACAUCUCCUACUGCUUCCGCGUCUUCGCUGUCAAUCAGCAUGGCCGCAGCAAGGCCAUGCAGCUCCCGCAGAGCGUGCGCCUCGAGUACACGGAACGCUCACCACGGAGCGCCGAGGUGGAGGAGAAGGAGCAGAAGCAGCGGGAAGAGCAGCAGGAGGCGGUGUUUCGCGACUACAGGAGCCAGAAGGAGCAGGAGCCGCAGGCGGAGGCAGGCGACGCUCAGGGGCCCGUUCUGCUGGAGCCCACUCGCACCAGCCUCCGGCGCUUUCUCAUCACGCGCCAGUCCACCGAGGAGUCCUACACCGAAGAGCCGAGCGAGGCCACCCCCGAGGCUGAAGACGAGACGCAGCAGGAGCAGCAGCUGACGUCGGAGCAGACAUACCGCGAGGACGAGCACUACAUCUACAUCACCUUCCUGGACGCGGGAGAGGCACACCUGGCAGCCGGGAGCUUCCGCAAGCUCUUUGGACUGCAGGGCUCGCCGGUGGAGGUGAACCUGCUGGAGAAGGGUCCCGGCGGGGCAGCCGAGGUGCGCGUCAGCAAGCAGCCCGUCCUGCCGAGCCCGGCCACCAGGCGCCGCCGCCUGCUCCUCGGGCACGUGCUGGCGCAUUCGUGCCCGAGGCUUCCCACGGAGCAUGGCGAGCACAGCGCCAGCGGGCAGAACGACAGCGCACCCUGGUUUCUGCGGAAGCUUCGGAGCCAGGAGCUGCUGCUGCGCCAGCAGGUGACGCUGCACUGUGCCGUGGCCGGACUACCCACCCCCGUUGUGCGCUGGUACAAGGACGGGCGGCACCUGGAGACGAGCAAGCACUACGAGAUCAGCGCCCGCGAGGACGGGAGGCACCGGCUCGUGAUCCAGGCGUGCGGGCCCCAGGACGCCGGCGUGUACCGCUGCGUGGCCGAGAACCGCGCCGGCAUCGCCUCCAGCCGUGCGGAGCUGCACCUGGACGCAUCCGGGGACGCCGGUGGAGCGGGCCUGCUUGCCGCUGCUGGUGCUACUUUAACGAGGGACCAAUCGGAGAAGGUUCUUGAGUCUCAGGUGGAGGAAGAACCUCCCCAGUUUACACAGGAACUGCAAGACACGUAUGUGUCCGCUGGCGCUCAGAACGUCAGCCUGUCCGUCAGAGUCACAGGCUCCCCGGCCCCGCGGCUCUACUGGUUCAAGGACGGGCGGCCUCUGCCCAGCUCCCUGCGGCUGCAGGUGUGUCAGGUGGGCACGCGGCACGUGCUCACGAUCGACCCCCUACUGCCCGAGGAUUUCGCGGAGUACGCCGUGUGCGCCAGCAGCAUGGCCGGCUGCGUUUACACCUCGGCCUUCCUCCUCCUGCAGGCCCCAGAGACUGCGGAAGCAAAGGCAGAAGUGAGACCCAAGGGUGAAGCGCUGGAGAGUCUGUUGCCACCGCGGUUCCUCGAGAGGUUCACCAACAGGCGCGUGCCGUGCGGAGCGAGCGUCACGCUCGGCGUCAUCCUCGAGGGCUGCCCGGAGCCGCUGGUGACGUGGCUGAAGGAGGAGUCCCCAGACAAGGUGCACCGGAUAAAGGCGACGACGGAAGGGUUUCGUCUGACGAGCAGCGCGCCCGCACACAGCCUGUGCAUUCCGCGGGUGGCACCACACCACGCCAGCAGCUACACCUGCAUCGCCAGCAAUGCCGCGGGGCAGGCCAUCUGCACGGCGAACGUGGAGGUGCUGCCCGAUCGAGGGUCCAGUGGGGACAGCGAAGUGCGGUCGGCGACGAAACACGAGCAUCUCUCUUACAUCCUCAAGAGGUCGACAGGAGGUGACGCUGCAGGACAAGUGCCCAAGAAGAGCAGCGAUCGGGCCGUGGAGCGCGUCAGGGAGGAGCUGCAGGUGCCGGAAGAGCGAGACUCGCGAGCCUCCAGCCCCAUCUUCCUGUCGGAGGAGCUCAUCCAGAAGCUGACAUCUCAGAUCACCGAGAUCGUCUCCACGCAGUUUUCUCAGGCGUCCCUGCGCGUGCGCCUACUGGAAGCCGGAGAGGAGGAGAGGAGAGCUCACAGCCCGUCCCCGAAGACCUCCACCCCUCCGCCGCGCCCCCCCGGGCCCGCCGGGGCCACCUCUGAGUCCGAGGAGGACGAUUUCCAGCAGCGGGGCGUGGAGGUGUACGUGCUGGUGGCCGACUACGCGUGGACCAGCACGGAGCGCGCGUUCCUGUCGCUGGGCAGGGGCGAACACGUGGAGGUGCUGGACUGUGCCCACCCGCUGCUGUGGCUCGUGCGCAGCAGGGCCUCAGAGAGCUCCGCGUGCCAGCAGGGAUGGGUCUCCUCCGCCUACCUGGAGAGAAAGCCACAGACACCAUCCACGGGUCGCAAGGAACAACCCAUCGAGGUCACCCUGCAGCAGCUGGUGGCGGCGGAGGAGAAGUUUGUGAAGAAGCUAUCCUUCCUGGUGUCGCAUCACGCGCAGUUCGUGGAGAGUCAGGUCAACAUCCCCGCACUGGUCAGGUCCAAGCGGGAGGCCAUCUUCAGAAAUGUGCAGGACAUCCUCAACUUCCACCGACAGGUUUUCCUGCCCAGGCUCAGGGCGUGCAGGGACGAGAGCGACGUGGUGGACGCCAUCCUGGGCAGCCGCGAGCAGUUCCAGGUGUAUGUGCAGUUCCUGCGCAGCAAGCCGAAGGCCGACCUGCUCUUGCUGAGCGACGCCGUCAGGGUCACCUUUGAGAAAUAUACCGAGAUCCUACGCCAGUCCACACACUUCCCCGAGUCGGUGCUGUCCAUACAGAAAUACUUGGACCUGCCCCAGGAGCAGCUGCACGUCUAUCAGGUGGCACUGAAGGACUUGAUCCGGAGGCGCGCGAGUCGGGGCGGCGACUGCCGAGGCCUGGAGGAGGCCUACGGCGUGGUGGCGUCGCUUCCGAAACGCGCGGAGGACGAGAUGAAGCUGUCCAUGAUCGAGGAGGUGCCCACCAACCUCGCCAACCUUGGCCCACUCCUGCGACAGGAUGUGUUCGAGGCGUGGGAGGGCAGCGAGGCGAUAAGCCGACGAGGCCACCGCCGCCACCUCUUCCUCUUCAACAGCCACCUGCUCGUAUGCAAGGCGAGGCGUGGAAGCCACUCGGCCUCCCAGGCCUACACGUGCCUGCACGCGCUGCCGGUGCGGAACGUAGAAGUGAGCGAGGUGGUGGAGGGGCAUGAGCGAAUCCUGGAGCUGUUGCACGAGCACGAGAGCGGGCUGGACAAGUUCACGCUGCAGGCAGCCAGCGUGGCCCACAAGGACGCGUGGCUUUGUGAGCUGUACCUCCUGCAGGGGCGGCAGAAGACGCAGCAGCAGCCGCAGGAUUCACAAGAUCCAGCCUGGGGCCCCCCGCGCUUCACCGAGGAGCUGGAGGAGUGCAUCGUGCGGGAGGGCGACUCCAUCACACUGCGCUGCCACGUGAUCGGCACCCCGCGGCCCGUCAUCACCUGGUACAAAGCCCCGCUGGCCGUCCGCGCCUCCGCGCCCGUCGCCCUCGCCCCGCGACGGCCCUUCCAGGAGGAGGCGCCGCGCUUCGUGGAGGUUCCCGAGGCGCUGUUCGUGGCGGAGCGCGGAGCCGCCAGCCUCGCCUACUCCAUCAACCACGUCGCCGCCGCGCUCAGCUGGACCAGGGACGGGAUCCCGGUGCAGCUGCACAGGGACGGCUACAGCCUGGGCACCCACGACGAGGACUCGUUCUCGCUCGACAUCGCGGCCGUGAUGCGGCGCCACCUGGGGGAGUACGUGUGCCUCGCCGAGAACGCGCUCGGCACCGCGAGCUGCGCCGUCAGCGUGCAGCUGGCGGAGGCCCCUCGUUUCGACGAGAUCAUGGAGGACGUGGAUGUGGCGCCCGGGGAGAGCGCCAGGUUGGCGGUGGUGGUCGAGGGGAUUCCCCUGCCGGACGUGCUCUGGUUCAAGGAUGACGCGCUGCUGGCGGAGAGCAGCCACGUGUCGUUCGUGUACGACGACGCCGAGUGCUCGCUGGUGAUCCUGAGCGUGAGCCAGGCCGACUGCGGCGUGUACACGUGCGUGGCGCGCAACCCGGCCGGGGAGUGCAGCUGCAAGGCCGAGCUGAGCGUGUGCUCCGUCAGGGAGCCCGAUGAGGAUGAGGAGGAUCUGAUGAGCAGGCUGCGCAUGGUUUCCGACUGCUACGACGUCAAGGAGGAGAUCGGCAGGGGCGCCUUCUCGGUGGUGCGCCGUGCCGUGCACCGCGCCACGGGUCUGGAGGUGGCGGCCAAGUUCGUGUCGCGCGCGGGAGGGCGGAGGAGCGAGGCGCAGCGCGAGCUGCGCAUCCUCGCCAGGGUGUCGCACCCACGCCUCGCCUGCCUGAGGGACGCCUUCCAGACCAGGCGGCGUCUCAUCAUCCUCACCGAGCUCUGCUCGGGCGAGGAACUCCUGGACCGCCUGGUGAAGAAGCCUGCGAUCUCUGAGCUGCAGGUGCAUCCCUACAUCCACCAGAUCCUGGAGGGUGUGCACUACCUACACCAGUCCGGCGUGCUGCACUUGGACAUCAAGGAGGCGAACGUGCUGAUGGCGCGACCCGACGCCGAGGAUGUGAAGCUCUGCGACCUGGGCUCGGCGCAGGAGCUCAUGCCCCCGGGGCAGCCGCAGUACAGCGCCUUCGGGACCCCCGAGUUUGUGGCGCCUGAAAUCGUCCUGCAGCAGCCCGUGUCCACGGCAACCGACAUCUGGCCCGUCGGAGUCAUUACCUACAUUUGUCUGAGCGGCACGUCCCCGUUCCUGGGCGAGAAUGACCGCGGGACCCUGAUGCGCGUUCGCGAGGGACGCUUCUCCCUCGAGCGUUGCUUCUCCGCGCUCAGCGCAGAAGCGGGGAGCUUCAUCGCUCGGCUGCUGGCGGUGGACCCCAGGGAGCGGCCGUCGGCCCUGGAGUGUCUGGAUGACCCCUGGUUCCAGGUGGCGCCGUCCGCCGCCCGGGACGCGGCCCGGGUCAGCACUGACCGGAUCAAGUUCUUCCUGUCACGCCGCAAGUGGCAGCGCUCCCUCGUCGCCUACAAGUCGAGUCUGGUGCUGCGCCCCAUCCCCGAGCUGCUGGCGUCGGGGCCGGGCCAGCACUCCCUCGGGGCGCCGCGUCGCACCGGCGACCGCGUGGCUCUAUCCUCUAGCUCCGAGUCGGACGAGGCGGAGGACCUGCCCUCCUUCAUGGCCGCAUUCAAGCAGCGUCGCCCGGAGCCGCCAUGCCGAGCGGCGCCACCGGAGCCGCUCUGCCGGGCUGCCGCGACGCUACCGGACUACGCGUGGCACCCAGACGUGGCGGAGCGGCAGGGCCUUGCCGCCGAACGAGGCGACGCGGGCCCGGGGCUCGACUCCUCGGCGUCGCCGGCAGAGUCGCCGGCGGGGGCGCGGAGACGGCGGCGGAGUCGGAAACGGUCGGGCGAGGCGGCCAGCUCCACCUCGUCGUUGUCGUCUUCGUCGUCAUCCGACGAGGAGCGGUCGGGGGAUCCGCGCGGGAGCGAGUCGCCGGCGCGGCGCCGCCGCGAGCAGAUGCGCAGGGGGAGCUCGGCCGACAGCGCGCUGCCGCCCUGGACGGGCGAGGAGAACCACGUCCCAGAGGCGGCGGCGCCACCACAGAAUCCGGGACUCAAAAAGUCCGCGUCCGUCGACUCCCCGGGCGCCAGGAGGGGGCUGCUGGCAGGGGGGGCCGGGCCAGUCACCCCCGAGGAGCACGCCCUGCGUCUUGAGCUCAUGCGCAAGAGGCUGCUGCGUGGCAGCGGCGCGGACGGCAAGAUGAGCGGACUGCGGGGGCCGCUGCUGGAGCGGCUCGGCCUGGCGCCCGAUGGCCCCGAGGCGGAGGCGCACAAGUCGGCGCCGGGGUCGCGGGAGUGGCGCAGCCUCUCCCUCGACCGCUACGCGGACCGGCCGCCCAGGCCCGACCGGAGCGGGGCCGUCACGCCGACGGGCGAGGGCGGCCACAGCCGGCGAGGCAGCCUCACCGACCUCCCCGGGGAGCAGCCCGACCCGCGGCAGCGGCCGCAGCAGCCACCGCAACAGCAACGUGACCGUGGCCGCAUGCAGAAGAGCUCCUCGUUCACGCACGGCGAGGAGGUGCCCAUGCACCGGCGCUUCAUGGGGGGACCACUGGAGAUCCCGCUCCGCAUCGCCUCCACCACUGAGGCCCAGAAGGAGCAGGAGGACGGGCAAACGGAGACCGUGACGGCACCCGGCCCAGGACUGCGGGAAGAACGGUCGCCCGAGUCGGCCCCGACGUCGCGUCCCACGACGCCCGCUCCGCUGAUCGGGCCCCCCGCGGGAGCAUCGCCUGUGGCCGCGACGAAAGUGGCCUCACCCGCAGGAGGAGCGAGAAACGGCCCCGUACCUCCCAGAGCGCACGAGCCCCUCUCCCUCCCGCAGCGGUCGCCCGGUGCCGGCACCGCCCCGACGGCUCCACGCGGCUCCGUGAUUCCCAUCAUCAAGGUGACGGAGCCGACCGCGAUGGAGCCGGACGGAGAGAGCGCCACGACCGGCGGGAUGGCGCGGCGAGUGCAGCCUCUCCGGAAGGAGUCGGAGCAUCCGCACGAAGCGUCCCGCGCGGUGCUCGGGGACGCCCGCGUGCUCACGCAGGAGCGCGGCGCUCAGCCCAGCGAGGCCAGGUUCUCCACGCCGGAGCCGCCGCUCGCUCCGGCCACGAGAGAGACGCGCGAUCUCGGCGGUGGCCCCGCGGGCCCAGCGUCUCCCAUGCCCGUGCCGGCCCCCGCGCCGGCCCCCGCCGGCCCCGCGCCGGCCCCCGCGCCGGCCCCCGUGCCGGCCCCCGCGCCCGUGCCAUUCUCCGACACCACCCAGAAGCGAGCGCUUCUGAAGCAGAAGAUGGCGUCCGUGGACUCACCUGCCGGGCACCAGGGUGGCGCCAGGGAGACUCGGGGCCCUGGUUUCGCUCCGCUCGUCCCGACGGGGGUCGCCCCCUCAUCCGAGCUGCGCCGGACCCCGUCGGCACCGGCGCUGUCCGCGCCGCAACACGGGGACGCCGGGAGGCCGCGGUCCACGUCCGCCGAGAGGAGGCUCCCGCACAUCGAGGACAUCGACUCCGAGGCGGUGUUCGAGGCCAAGUUCAAGAAGCAUCGCGAGUCGUCCCUGACGCGCGUCUUCCCCUUCAUGAAGAAGACCAAGGCAGAGGAACCGCCCGCCAAGUCGUACCGCACGGACGAGGAGGAGGUGUACCGACCCCGGCAGGCCAACGCGCCUGUUCGAAUCGUCCAGGAAGAACAUUUGCAGAGAGGGGAGAUGGAGGUGGCGCAGCACCCGGAGACCCCGUCUCAGAAGGCGUCGUCCACGCCGUCCAUGGAAGACAAGGACGUCGGUUUCGUGCGGAGGCUGUCGCUGAAAGUGAAGCGCUCCGUAUCCUCAGAACGUAAGGCUCUCGACCUGGGCCUCACGGGCACAGAGGAGGAUGGGAAGGAGACCCCGGGACUGGGGAGACGCCUCUCGCUCACGUUCGGGCGCAGCAGCUCCAAGGAGAGGCAGAAGAGCGUGGAGCGUGCGGCGCGGGAAGACUCGGAGUCGAGGAGCGUGGGAGGCGACGUCCGGGACCCGGAGCAGCCUUUGAAGCGAGACCGCGAGUCGAUUCGGAAGAGGAUCGAGGCCACCGUGUCGGGCUUCUCGUUCUCGAUCGGUCGCAGCCGCUCGGAGGAAAGGUUUUCGAAACGGAGAUCGGAGAGCGAAGCAGAAAAGCUCCCGAACGACCUGACCGAGAGGAAGCCCGAGGCGACGCCGGCACCGAGCACCAUGAAGAAGGCGACGUCCGAACUCUUCCUCUCCGGGAAGUCUGCGGGGUCGGCCGGGGCAGCGUCAUCAGGCGAGUCCGAGAAGAGGUCGCCCUGGGAGCGCUGGGGUGUAAACCGCGGGCGGCCGGGUGGCCGUAGGGACACGGGCCCCACCGCACAAGCCCAGGAGCCAGCCUCGCCGCCAUCUGACACAGAUUCCGCGCCGACGUUCCUCAUGGAGCUGAAGGACGAGCUGCUGGUGGAGGGGCAGCCGCUCACCCUGCACUGCCUCCCCGCAGGCGAGCCGGCGCCUACCGUGCACUGGCUCAAAGACAAAAAGGCCGUGCAGCUGGACGCGCGCACCACGCUCUCCGUCUCGGCGGACGGGCGCCAGCUGCUCACGGUGCUGGGCGCCGGGAAGCGAGACGCCGGCACCUACGAGUGCGCCGCCAAGAACCGCGCCGGCGCCGCCUCCACGACGUGCGCCGUGAAGAUCGCGCAGCUGCCAGGCCGGCCCGGACAGCCCGAGGUGCCGCAGGUGUUCCAAGAGGGCGCGCUCGUCGUGUGGAAAGCUCCGCAGGCGCAGGGCCCCCUGGCCUACUGCCUCGAGAUGAAGAAGCUGGGUGAGACCGCGUGGGCGCAGGUGGCGUCGGGCAUCGCAGACCCGUACUACAACGUGACGCGCCUGGUGCCCGGCGCCGUUUACAAGUUCCGUGUGUCUUGCAUCAACAAGGCGGGACGUGGCCCCGCCAGCCUCUCCUCGGAGCGUAUCACCCUGGCAGUGCGGCCCCCGGAGGCGGAGCGGCGGGAAGAGGCACCACCCCUAGAGCAGAACCGGGGUCCGGGGUCCCAGUCGGGCUCCCAGCCGGGGUCCCAGCCGAGGUCCCAGCCGGCAUCUCAGCCAGGAUCCCAGCCAGGAGCCGCACAGAAACCGUACACAUUCCUGGAGGAACGCGCCAGGGGUCGCUUCGGCGUGAUUCGCGAGUGCAAGGAGAACGCCACGGGCCGCGUGUUCACGGCCAAGAUCGUGCCACUGGAGGCCGCCUCCCGGGCCGUGGCGCUGCACGAGUACGAGGUCCUCAAGGCCCUGCGACAAGAGCACAUCAUGAGUCUCCACGAGGCGUACGUCACCCCGCGCUACCUCGUGCUCAUCGCCGAGCGCUGCCCCGGCAAGGAGCUGUUCUACAAGCUGCUCGAGAGCCCACGCUACACGGAGGACGACGUGGUGGGCUACCUGUCGCAGCUGUUGCUCGCGCUCGCCUACCUGCACGAGCGCCACAUCGUGCACCUCGACAUCAAGUCCGACAACCUCAUCGUGUCCGACUCGCAGAAGCUGAAGCUCGUGGACUUUGGCAGCGCCCGCUCGUUCGCGCCCAGUGGCGCCCCGCGGCCCGUCGUGCCGCGCACCGGCACCCUCGAGCACUCGGCUCCGGAGAUGGUGAAGGGGGACGCGGUGGGAGCCCCCGCUGACGUGUGGGGCCUGGCCGUGCUCACCUUCGUGCUGUGAGUCCCCCCCCCCCUUCCUUCGCCCCCCCCCCUUCCUUCCCC